UUUACAUUACAAGUCUGGGUGAACUUGACCUGCUUAUACAAAUGCGACGGAGUUCUGGGUUUAAAAUUUCCAACAAAGUUCACAAAACUAUGCUGCGAUUACAUAAGCACUUGCACAAAAAGGUCUAAACACUGAAGAUCAAUGGAGGACUUUUUCCAAAAACCCAAGAACUAUAAAAUCAACGAAGGAUUCCGUUAUGUCGAGGAUAACCUUUAUUGUGAGGAAAUUCGCGUUUGUGAUCUAUUAGAUUCUGAAGUUUCUGGACAAACUAUUUCAUCCCCGAUAUAUGUGUACAGCAAACGACAAAUCGAAACCAACAUAAACAAUUACAAGACCGAAAUACAGAAAUCGGGGCGGAGCAUGCAGCUUAAUUACGCAGUUAAAGCCAACAUGAACCCCUUUAUUCUGAAGCUAAUGAAGAAACACGGUGUGUCUUUAACAUUAGUAAGUGGUUCUGAGCUCCGCUUAGCUCUAAAACUUGGAUUCGGACCGGGAAGUCUUGUAUUAAAUGGAAAUGGGAAGCUCGAUUGGGAGGUGGAUCUAGCGUGUAAAUCAGGUGUCCUCGUUAAUGUGGACAGUCUGUUUAACCUCAAGCAGAUCAUAAGAGUGUGUCAGGCGGGGGGAUAUGUGGCCCAAGUGUUAUUCCGAAUCAAUCCAGAUAUUGAUCCGGAUGUUCAUUCAUAUUUAUCAACGGGACAGAAUGGCUGCAAAUUCGGAAUAACGAGUGAAGAGCUAGAAGAAGUAUUACAAAUUGCGUGGGAAUCAGAGAGAAUUCGAGUUGUUGGUCUUCACUGCCAUAUUGGCUCUACCGUUCAUGAUGUCGAGAAUUUCAGACAAAGCACUCGUAUACUUGUGGAUUUGUUUGAAAAAUUAAGAAACCGAUUUCAUGAGAUGACGAUUUUGAAUUUGGGCGGAGGAUUGGCUACUCCUUAUAAAGAACAGAUUAUGGUACCAGAAAAGGUUAAACAUGAGCUCCAUCUUGAAUUUGACAACUGUACGGAGCCAAAUAAAUUGAAAUUAUAUGAAGACCUAAUCAACAACAGAAUUACUCUUCCCACAUUCGUCAGUAUGCUUCAGUCAUUUUCUGGUAGAGAGACGACAGUAUCGAAAAUACGACAGUACCUGCACAAAGAGAUGGUUGUACCUAAACCAGCAGAUCUGAUUAAUUCUGUUUCCGAUAUUUUGCCAUCUGAUACUAUCGCUAUUCUAGAACCUGGACGUUCAAUGGUUGUCAAUUCCGCCAUUCUUCUAUCGCGUGUUCUAGGAACGAAAUUAUCAAGAAAGAAAAAUUACAUCGUAAUAGAUGGAUCGAUGACAGAGAUAAUUCGGCCAUGUUUAUAUGGCGCGUACCAUCACAUCGAAUUAGCAGAACCUAGUCAAGUAAACGUUUGUCAUCAGUCAGCGUUAGUUUGGGACAUUGUUGGUCCAGUAUGUGAGAGUGCCGAUUUUCUUGGCAAGGACCGUAAGUUAGUCACACCACAUGAAGGUUGUGGCAUCGCAGUUUUUGACACAGGGGCGUACUGUAGCAGUAUGUCAUCAAACUACAAUAUGAGAGUUCGACCAGCGGAACUUCUCAUAGAUGGCGAUAAAGUUGAAGUCAUUCGAAAAUGUGAAACUUUUGAAAAUAUGAUGCACUGUUAUGAUGUGUGUAAUACUGAUUAAAAUAAUAAUUUUGACGAAUAAAAUGCACGGGUAAAA